AGGCAUCCGCGUUGUAAGAUUUUGGAACAGCCCUCACGUUAUGCAUACACUGGAGAGAGAGAAGAAGAAUCACGAAGACCCCUUUCACGAGAGCUUUUGUUGUUCCGUUUGUUUACGCUAUUCGCGGCGUGUCGCGUGCGUGCCGUGCCGUGCCGUGCCGUGUCGUCGCACCUUGUCGCGUCCUCGUGAAAGCCUAUCCGCGUGAAAACAGCAUGCCCAGCAAAAAGAAAAAAUAUAACGCUCGUUUCCCAGCGGGUCGUAUCAAGAAGAUUAUGCAGACGGACGAGGAGGUCGGGAAGGUCGCCCAAGCGGUGCCAAUCAUAAUCUCUAGAACUCUAGAACUGUUUGUACACUCAUUGUUAACGAAGACCAUGCAGAUCACGAGUGCCAAAAAUGCUAAGACUCUAAGUCCAUCUCACAUGAAACAGUGCAUCUUAUCCGAGAGCCGAUUUGACUUUUUGAAAGAUCUAGUGAAGUCUCUGCCUGAUGUAUCAGGACCUGAUGAUGAGGUGCCUACGUCACCGGAUACUCCUGCUCCACUACAGAUCAAUCUAUCAAACACAACUACUGCAUGUUCUACUGUAACACAGCAAUCUGAUCCAUUAGAAUAUCAAAAACAACUGGGAUUGCCAAUUAGCAAUGAAUCGAAUGUAAAUCAUAAAAGUACAAAAGAUAAUGGAUCGAUCGCAAUUUCAAAUAAUCCCAUUAACCAAAGGGCAGUAGGAGGACACUCGCAGGUUCCAGAAUUCCAAAUAUCUAUACCUGCAUCCUUUCAAAUUAGUCAACCAAAUUUUUAUACGGAGGUUAAUCCAAGCGCAAGUAAUCAGCCGACAUCGAACUUUGCUCACACUGCCAAUAUUGAUGAGGAUUAUGAUACAUAAUCUCUUUAUGAAAUUUAGGAAGUUAAAACUUAUCUUGUUAGUUUUCGCACAUAAUUAGCUGAAGAUGGUAAUAACGACGCGCUUAUACGCGCAACAGAAAUAUUUUUCAGAAUUGCUCAUCUGUUAAAUUAGCUUUAAUUGAUUCUAAAAAUUGACUUUAAAAAACUCAGAUUGAGGCAUUUCUAUAUAUUUGCUCAUUUUUUAUUUUUAUACAAGGUGAUUCAAAACUUUAUC